GACUGAGGAUCCUCACUUUUCUCAGGACAGACAGUAAAGCCUGUCGGACCAAAAUGGCAUUCUCAUACACAGUUGCGGGUCUUCUUGCUCUGUGCUCCUUGGCAACAGCACAAACAAGAGGUGACUCUUCAAACGUGUGCGUCCCAGCUGACGGUUUUGUGAGUAUCCUCAUAAAUUGCAGUUUUAAAUGUAACGCUGCUCAAUUUCAGGGCACAUAUUGUCCGACCACCUGUGGUGUGGCAGAUUACCUACACAAAUACAAACCCGAAGUGGAUAGGGACCUCGACGACUUAGAAGAAAUACUACAGGAAAUAUCCAAUAUGACGAAAGGGGCCCAAGAUAAGGUUGUCUACAUGAGAGAUUCCGCAACUGAUGCCCAGAAAUCUGCACCAAAAGCAGACGUUUACAUCAAAAAGUCAACGAACAUGUUGGAUGAUAUUUUGAGAUUUGAAAGAAGUAUUGUUUCCCAGGAAGCACAAAUAUACGAACUCCAGGAAAUACUCGAUGCCAACGAAAAGAGGAUGCUGCAGCUGAAGCAACUGUCCCUGCAGCUGGAACAGAAGUGCAAACUGCCUUGCAAGGACACUGUGCAGAUUCAGCCAGUCACAGGAAAAGAUUGCCAAGAUAUCGCCAACAAAGGUGCCAGGACCAGUGGCUUGUAUUUUGUUAAGCCGCUGGCGGCCAAAGAACAGUUCUUGGUUUAUUGCGACAUUGACAGCACUGGCAGUGGCUGGACCGUGCUUCAGAGGAGGCGCGACGGCACUGUUGACUUCAAGAAGACCUGGAUCCAGUACAAGGAGGGCUUUGGCUACCUGUCUCCGGACGACACCACGGAGUACUGGCUGGGCAAUGAGAAGAUGCACCUGCUCUCAACUCAGUCACAGCUCCCAUACGUCCUGAGGAUCGAGAUGGUCGACUGGAAAGGACAGAAAAGCACGGCAGACUACGCCAUGUUCCGAGUGGGGCCAGAGGCUGACCAGUACCGACUGACCUACGCCUACUUUAUGGGAGGAGAUGCCGGCGACGCCUUUGACGGGUUCGACUUUGGGGAUGACCCCAGUGACAAGUUCUUCACCUCUCACAAUGGAAUGCAGUUCAGCACCUACGACAGAGACAAUGACAAGUACGAGGGGAACUGCGCCUUUCAGGAUGGCUCGGGCUGGUGGAUGAACAGGUGCCACGCGGCCCACCUCAACGGAAAGUAUUACCAAGGUGGGGAUUACGAGACGAAAGUUGACAAAGCAACCACAUUUGACAACGGCAUCAUCUGGGUUACAUGGCGCAACCGUUGGUAUUCUAUGAAGGAGACCACGAUGAAAAUGAUCCCGAUCAAUCGGAUGAGUGCAGGCGGUGGGCAGCAAGCUGGAGUCAAGCAGUUUGGUGGUCUAGGAGACAUAUAAACGACGAAGCGCGAACGUGUCGCUGUGCGAAUAAUGUCCUCCCCUAUUUUGUAUUGUACAGUCACACAUCACAUUUGUCACCCAAGGAAACUGUCUCAGUUUUGUUAGUUCAAACCAAUUCAGUCUGAGUCUUGGUUAUUUUUCCCCCAACAAAUUUUUUUCUACAUGUAAAAAAGGUGUGAUCAUUAACAAAGCAUGAAACAAACAUCUAUGCUGAAUGUAUGCUGUUUUAAUUAAUAAACAUACUUGGACAGGAA